AUGAACGGGCUCAAUGAGAAAUUGCAGCAGAUGAAGCUUAAGGGGGAACUGGAGAAGAGUCCCAAACGAGUAGGACCUCCAAUACCUCCAAAGCCUAAGCAUCCCAAUCCCAAUUCUAUAACGAGUGAUAGUGUGACUGUCCGUCAUGGGAAUCAGCCCAUUUACAAUAAUGUCAGCCAAAUGAACACCCUGGACAAUUCUAUUGUCCUCGAUCAGCAAUUGGCUGCUCUGGAGUAUCAUAAGCAGACCCUCGAGGCUCAGAAACAGCGAAACAUCACUCCGAGCCCCCAUGGGGCACCUGACAAGCCUGAAAAUCCCAAUCGGAAUGCCGAUGGGCUUGUCUACAGUAAUAUAGUCCACAGUCGUGGGCGUGAGGAGAAGAAUCUCUACUCCAACAUUCCCUACAAUCGUUCAACUUCGGAUGAUUUCCCUCCUCCACCACCCCUUGAGCUCAAUCCUGACCCCACCCAUGAAUAUUCUAGACAUGUAUCCUCGGAAGAUGAACUUCCUCCUCCUCCAAGUCCUGUCAGUUCAUCUUACAGCGAACUCCGCCGUGCUAUCGAUAGUGGCUAUCCCACGAUGUCCACCUACGCGGGCAUCCACCCAGCGCACGUGGAGCAGAACCACGGAAACUUUGCGGGAAUCUAUCAGAACGAGUACGGGGCCUAUGCUCCAAUCUCUCAGACGGAUAACAGUUUGAAUAGCGAUUAUUAUGGAUAUGGAUCAUCCUCUCAGAAUUCUUCGACUUACGAGUCGAUCUACGAGCCCAUUAAUCCCCGGCCAGCUAGUGAGAUGUCCUCUCGCUCAAAUUAUUCUCUGUACACGCCAUACGGGAGCCGGGAGGCUGGUGGGGGCUACAAGGGAGCCCCCAAGGAGGCCGAAGUAGAUGUGCUAACGGAGAUGCUGGUGCAGUCGCUCGAUGGCCAUGCAGAUGCCGAUAGCUAUGGGAUAUGCGUAAAGUGCGGCGACCGGGUUAUUGGGGAGAAUUCGGGGUGUACGGCAAUGAAUCAGAUCUAUCACAUUGAGUGCUUCACAUGCUGCCAGUGCCAGAUCAAUUUGCAGGGCAAGCCAUUCUAUGCACUUGAGGACAAGCCCUACUGCGAGGAUGACUAUUUGAAUACACUGGAAAAGUGCUCGGUGUGCAUGAAGCCUAUUCUUGAGAGGAUUCUACGUGCCACGGGGAAACCCUAUCAUCCAGGAUGUUUCUGCUGUAUCGUCUGUGGGAAGAGUCUCGAUGGGAUUCCCUUUACUGUUGAUGCUACAAACCAGAUUCACUGCAUUGAGGACUUUCACAAAAAAUUUGCUCCUCGCUGCUGUGUCUGCAAAAUGCCAAUAAUGCCGGAGCCGGGAAAGGAGGAGACUGUGCGUGUCGUGGCUCUGGAUCGAAGCUUCCAUCCGUCGUGCUACAAAUGUGAGGAUUGCGGUCUGUUGUUGUCGUCAGAGGCAGAAGGACGCGGGUGCUAUCCGCUGGAUGAUCAUGUUCUAUGUAAGAGCUGCAAUGCUAAGAGAGUUCAGGCACUCACAAGUCAUAUGUCCACUGAACUCUAAAAAUCAUUCUGCUCGGUGCUGAGCGAUUUUUGCCAUAAAACUUACAAUUUGAUAUUCCAGAAAGUGAAAGAGGGAGAAAAUUGUGGUAGAAAAGUUUUUUUUGUCUGUUUUUAUUACUUUACAAAGUUAUUCGUUUUGUUACAAUGUUGUGAGAGUUUUUGGGAGAAGACUUUUAUUUUCCAGAAAAGAAGCAUUCCAGAAGGGAGAAUAGAGAUUUAAUCACAUGAAAUAUCGGCAGUACGAUGAACGCUUAUUAAAUGUUUUCUUUUUUUAGAUGAAGAAAAAAAGCACUUGAUGAAUUUUGUAAGAGAAAAAAUGUCAUUUGCAAUAUUUGUACUCGUGUUUGUACUUAAUAAAAUAAUCCAAUGGCUAAAU